AUGCUCGCUGCGGAGGUCACCCGAAGCCCGCUUCACCGUGCACUCAUCGUAUCCUCCACCGAGGGUCCGCAAGUCAGUGCAGCUAGUCGCUCUUUGGAGGACAGAUGUUGCGAGAGCUUAAGACCGGUUUUGUUUCUCUUCCUCGCCCAGAAUAUUUAUCACCUUCACUAUCACUGCCUGCAUUCCGAAUCACUCGCUUAUUCACUAAUCGCCACUAUGUUCGACAAAUUAACUUCCUUUCUAACCCUCGCUUGCAUUUUAUCCACCGGUCUUGCGGCGCCAAUUCCGCAAGCCACCACUACUACCUCGAAAGAGAAUUUCCAGCCUUUCACUGGUAACUUGGGCGGAGAUGCAGCACCUUCCGUCGUCCGAGGCGAUGACGGCUUCACUGUCCAAGGCAAAGGAACAUUCACCGACCUCGCCUCUGCACUCGCCGCCUCCUGCGAUGUUCUGAAGGCACAAUGCACCAACGCUGCCAACUCGGCCGACGGCCGUGCCCCAGGCCUUACUCUGGCGCAGUGCGACCAGCAAGACGUCGAAUGCCGUGCUGCCAUUGCUGGGGUGUCGGACCCAGAUGCUUCUCCUCCUUUCGUUGAAGAGGCGGCUAAGGACAAUAGUCCUAAGAGCUUGCGAGGCAGGAACAUACGCCGUGCCCCCGCUGGAGGCAACGUCCAGCCGUUUAGUGGUGCUUUGGGCCGCCAGCCUCCCGCAGUCACCGCCUCUGGCCAGAGAUUCCAAGUCGCAGGCAGCCAGUCAUUCGCCGACCUCGCGUCUGCUCUGGCAGCCUCCUGCGCCCUCCAGCUACAGAAUUGCUUGAACGCGAAAGUACCCACCGCUCAAUGUAAUGCACAGGCGACGCAAUGCCGUGCUGCCGCUUCCGCUGCGGCUAAGAACCCGCGUUCCUUGGGGGCACGACAGGUCCCACCCCCGCCACCUCCUGCUAUCCCACCUCCACCACCUCCUGCGCCUCGUCCGCGCUCUGAGGAAGCGUUAGAGAGACGACAAGUUACGCCUCCACCUCCUCAGAGGAUCCCCCCUCCGCGUCCUCGUCCGCGGUCGGAGAACGCUCUAGAAACUCGUCAAGUUCCUCCCCCUCAGAACCCUCCUCCGCCUCCCCCGCCCGUCAAUCGUCCGCGAGACGCUGAGGCGUUCGAGAAGCGUCAGGGACAGCCUGGCGGUCGUCCUGGCGGCAACAACAACAACAACACUCCUCCGCCUCAAGGGGACAACGGAAACGGUAGAAUUAACAACAAUAAUCAGCCUCCUCCGCCAGUCGACAAUGAUGUGCCUCCCCCCAACGACAACGGCCUUCCUCCUCCUACCACCAACAACCAGCCUCCUCCCAACGGCAACCGCCAGCCGCGCGAUAUUUACUCGAAGCUCAAAUUCAAGUUCAAGUUCACCAGUCUUGCUCUUCAGUACUUCGAAAAUUAG